GUAUAAUCCUUAGAAUCAAUUGAUGUAAUCAUGUUUAGAUGUAUAGUAUAUUGAGGUUAUUUAUUAUCUGAGUAUCGUUGAUGUAAUCAAAAUCAACUCUAUAUGAUCUGAAGCCAUAAAGUCCAAUUCAUGGCUGGAUCAACUACUGGAAUAAAGCUCGGAAAACUUUGUCCACCCACUUUAAAAGUAUGUUGACAAAAUAGCACCUCCAUUAUUAAUCAUCAUCAACAUCCUGCAAGUUGCAACCUUUUGAUUCCCCAGAAAGGAAUUAAAUACUGAAAAAGUUAUUUAAUUCGUAUGAAUAGAAAAAUAAUAAUUCAAAAUAAACCCUAUCUUGAUCUUUAUAUUUCUACUCCGCAAUAUAUAUGAACACAAAUGAAAAAUAGCACAACUAACCUAACCAGAAGAAACUCCUCUCUGAAAAAUCUCUUUUUUUUCUUUUUUUUUUUCCAGUUCUGUAGAUCAAAAAAUCCAUCAGGUAGAAGUUUAAUUUUCAAUGGCAGAUUCAGCAACAAUACCAGCAGGAUUGACAAGGGAAGAAUUUCAAGUAUUAGAACCAGUAAUUAAUGAAUAUCACAGUACAUACACAGAGGGAGCUGGGAAUUGUUCAUCAAUUUUAUCACAACGUAUAAACGCACCAUUAUCCACUGUCUGGAAAGUUGUUCGUCGUUUUGAUAAACCACAAAUUUACAAACAUUUCAUCAAGAGUUGUAAUCUUAAACAAGACGAUUCAUCAUCAUCAUCACCAAAUUCAAAUACUCUGAGCGUUGGAUGUUUAAGAGAAGUCAACGUAAUUUCAGGAUUACCAGCUGAAACAAGCACUGAGAGGCUAGAUAUACUCGAUGAUGACAGGCAUGUUACUGGUUUUAGUAUCAUUGGUGGUGAACAUAGGUUAAGAAAUUACAGAUCUAUUACUACUGUCAAUGAAUUUAAGAGUCAUGAUCAGAAGAAGAUCUGGACGAUUGUUUUAGAAUCAUAUGCGGUUGAUGUACCUGAAGGUAAUACUGAUGAAGAUACCAGGAUGUUUGCUGAUACUGUUGUUAGAUUGAAUCUACAGAAAUUAGCUUCUUUGACUGAAGGGAUUGCUCGUGAUGGUGAUCGUGGAAGAACAAGACGGUGGUCAUUAACCAAAAAAAGGCCGCUUUAAAGAAAAUGAAAUUAUCUGGAGAUGCCAUUACCGCCCCCUGGGCCCUGGUUGGGUUGGGGGCAAGGAGGACUCAAUUUCAAGUUGUAAUUGUGCUUUUGUGAUUGCAAGAAAUGAAGUUAUCUUGUUGAGUAAUUUUCACACAU